ACACUCUCGUUUCGGGAUCCGUUGAGGUUGCACACGUUUUCACGAGACGAGCACCGCCCGAUUACUGCGACGCGCUCCAUUCCGCGUCGCCUCCUGUUCGAUAGACAGUGUAUUAUCGUAAUACCGUGUUCGUGAUCGCGUCGAAUAAUCUCUAUCGAGCGUCUUGUUUACUGUAAAAGCAUUGUAUGCGGCAGCCGAUGCCGUGCGGUAGUGUGUUGUCUAGUGUGUGACAGUACGUCGCAAGAGGAUACAGUGUUGCCAGAUCGUGGGCGCGAAUGCACAUCAAAAGCGGUACACACCGAUUCGCAGGACAUCGAGGAUAAGACCGUGCGUUUGUCCGUGCCGAUACGCGUGGAUCGAUCGCGGUUUUGAUUGCGACGAUAUAUUGUGAACGAUAAAGCGGCGCGGUGAAUUCUGGAAUUUAUCGGUAGUACGCCAGUGACAUUUGGUGCGAUGCUAUCGACGAAAUAGAGUUGGCAACGUCGCAUCGACUGCUCUCGCACACAAACACACGCAUACACGUACCUAGAAGGGAACUUGGGGUGGCUGGCUAGCAGGCAGGCGGCAGUCAGGCAGGCAGGCAAGCAGGCAGGCAGCUUUCUUGUUCCGAGGACGGCGCUCCUGGUCGCGCCGUCUCUCUUUUCUACCUCCAUUGCGCUUGCUCUUCUCUCCCUCUUCUCCCUGCCCUUCUCGUCCUCGGUCACUCAAUCACACUCUCCUUCUUUUGCCUUCCAUCUCUCUUUCUCCCUCUCCCACUAUUUCUCUCUCUUUCUCGUGUGCGGCGCACGUACCGUUGAGAGCUUCUGCCUCCCCCUUUAGUGCUCUUUCUCUACUGUUACCCCCUCCUCUCCUAACCUCGAGCGGGUCGGGCGAGUCCACUAAGCUUGCAAGGGGAGUUCGGCAGACCUCGGCUCUAGUCGGCCUCGAUCCGCAGAAUGUGCUAGACGCUACGAGUCGAUCGCUCCAGUUUUGGAAUAUUGUCAUAUAUAGAAGCUGUCUGAUAAUUACGAGAAUUGGAAACGUCUUUUCGCGUAUCUUCCGCGGUUCCACGGGUCUCUAGUGGCUGUAUCGACGUUAGUUUUCACCAUCAGCUUGGGACGCACUCGACCAGCGUAUAUCCGUACGACGGCCAUGUUUGGUGUUUACGAGGUGAGGGGGAAUCGCUGACGUCACGAGCCCCGAUCUCGCACGAAGGGAGCAGCAGCACCAGCAGAAGCAGAAAACGUGUUGCCGGCCAAUAUAGACACCAACUCCUAACACGAACCCGAAAACAGACGGAACUGCAGUCGAGCGGCCCUUGUACUCGAUUAUAAUCGUACGCGGGAUUAUUGUGCGGUGAACACACGAGUGAAGAACUCGCGGCGCGCAAACUGUGCCGCCUGAAAUUCCCUUUCCGAUGGGACGUGCGUGUACGCCGACUUCGCUCGUGUUCGCCGGUCUUACCGCGACUACUAACCUUUCAAAAAACAUCGGCCGCAUUGCCGCCUCGCCGCUGAAAUAGCAGCCACUCUAAUCACCGUCGGUCGACACCGAACAGUGCGGAAAACAUCGAGCGAUGCCGAGUAUUCUCGUAUACGAGACAACACGUGCCGCGUUUCGUUUCACAUGAUCUUCAUUGAAAAUGUUUCACACGUCGAGGAUGCGAUCGAAUUGAUCGCCCCCUUCAAAAACACGUGGUCAUCGUAUUGCAUGCGUGCAACACCGUCGUCGAUGAAACGACAAUAGUGUUGUUCCCAAUUGCGUUCAGUGAAAUCGGCGACUGCGUUCCCAUUCUGUGAAACGACGUUUGUUUCCAGUGUGUUUACUCGUGUCAUCCUGAUUUUGAAGUAUCGCCUAUACAGUGUCGGUACAUAUGUUGUUACAUUGCUCUGUGUGGUUUGUUAGUGACAUACAUCACACUUUCAACGAAUAUACCAACGGAUCUUACGUACGUCUAGCGAGCAAGGAUUAAAAGAAUCAUGGAUCUGGGUGACAGAGUUUAUGCUGCGGAACGGAUUACGAAGAAGAGGGAAAAGCGAGGCAAGGUGGAGUAUUUCGUAAAAUGGAAAGGAUGGAGUAAAAAAUACAACACGUGGGAACCAGAAGAAAACAUUUUAGACGUCAGGUUAAUUGAAUUAUACGAAGAAAGUCAAAAAGGUGGGGAUGUAGCAACAAGAAGACCUAGGCGGAGGGACACCAGAUACAAUGAUCAAGUUCUCGCCAAUUUGGUUGUUGAGGAAGAGCCCGGUGGGGAUGAAAGGGUUGGUGAAGACAGUCAAGACGAAUCCACUACCGGUAGCACAUCGGCUCCUCGCUUGAAUCCUGUUGCACCCGACGAAGAUACACUUCCGAGUUCCCUUGAUGGACACGAAUCGCCGAUCGCUCCGGAAUUAUCAGCAUCUGCGUUCAGCGUCGACUCGGAUAGUUCCAAUAGCAGUGUAGACAGUCCAUUGUUACCAAGAAAGGAGCCAACGGGUACGAAGAGGAAGGCCGAGGUUCUCAGCAAGGAGUCUGGGAAAAUCGGUGUUACUAUCACCACAAGCAGUCCUAGUAGCGGCAGCGGAAGUCCACCUCCAAAUAAGAUUCCUCGUUUAUUACCUCUAAAUUCUACGUCCCCUACUUAUCACAGUCACAAAAUUAAUGGUAGGAGGCCGUCAUCGUCCAGCGUCAAGUCGACGCCGGAGGAACCGUUACCUGCGGUGCCGACAACACCAGCUCCAGCAGUGCAGGAUAAAAAGCGUCCUGAAGCUGAUGUACCUCACGGUCCUCCACCCUCGCUGCCGCGUGCACCACCAGCACCUUUGUCGCCUCAAAUAGACACGCCUUUAGAGCAGCCUACCAAAAAGAGGCAUUUGUCAGAACAAAAACAGGAGAAGUCGAACGGAGCUGUGACGGUCGACACCAACGGUCACAAAUCGCCCAGUCCCACAGACUCUUACACGAACAACAACAGGUUAACGCCCGUCGUGAAUGGACACCAUAGUCAUAGUAACAAUCAUAGUAGUAAUAUUAACAACACAUCGAGUAUGAAGCAAACUGAAAUCGCGAAGACAGACAUGUAUGUCCCUCUGUCCAGUCCUGGUACGGAUUACUGGCACGCGAGGAAUCCAGUUGCCGAUCAGGUGUUCAUUACGGACGUCACGGUGAAUCUAAAAACCGUUACUAUCAGGGAAUGUAAGACUGAAAAAGGAUUCUUCCGGGAGAGGGAUCCUAAGAGCGAUAUCUAUUAACAUUCUUUGACUAGGGACGUUAUAAUAAUAAUAUGAGCUAAGAUUUGAACUACUUGUACAUAUAAAUUAUUUUCACACGUCGAGUGUUAAGCCGAGGCGAUUAAAACUUUUCUAAAAUACGGACGAACUUCGUAGUUAUGCGAAGAAUUGAAGAUAUAUAAUAUUCACUGAAAAGUUUCACUGCUCAGUUGGCGGUAUUGUGUCGUUCCGAAUGAAAUUGCAGACAGUUUCGAUUCGAGGACGUCGAUAUCCGUGAGUAUUCUUGAAGACAGUGUAAAUCAACGAUAUGAAACGAUGGAGACUAAUAGCUGCGAGACAAUUUCUCAUGGAAAUGAUACAUCAUGGUUCGCGUCGUGUGAUAUACACUUGUAUGUUAAAAACAAACGCUUGAUAGACCUUGACUCUGUACUAAAAAAGAUCUGAAAAGAACAUUUAAAAAGGGCAAAUACGUUUUCUUAUUAAUUGCAUUUCCGCUUCUAUUAGAAUUCUGCAGAGGAAACAAUGUAUAAAUUAGUAAAUUAAUUUCAAAUUUUACCAUGGUAAAUAGUACAGAUCUGGAAAGAAAUAUUUUUCUAAUUCGUUUUUAGAAUAAUCGAAACUGCUUCGUAGAAGCGAAUUUGAAAGGAACAAGAAAAGAGAGAAAGAGAACACGAGAGAGAAAGUGAGAAUGAACUUUUUCAAAGUAUAAAAAAUGAAAUUAACGUUACUAUCUUGGCGACGUAUUUUUCAGCAGUAUGAUAUUAUAUUGUAUUUACUGAUAAAUAUUUCAAUUUCCUUAUCUUUUUCUUUUUUCUUAGUGAGUAAUCUCGCGUCACAAAGAGGGUGUAUCAUUCGUUCGUAGAUUUUAGAUUCGUUUAGAGGCAUACACGUUCAUUGAUUUCAUCAGGUUGUUGUAUAGCAUCACAAGUUUCAUGUGGGUGCAUGCUCGUUGACUCGCAUAGCACGCGAUGACAUUGUAAAUCAUUGUGAACAUGUUUUUGUAUCAGUUUCCGGUUUUGUUAUGAAUUGAUUUUGUGUUAUUUAAUGUUAGCUGUUGCAUUUUUUUAUACCGUCGGCUGUUCUUAUUUGCAUGUAAGGGUCUGACCGUGCAUAAAGUAUUUCACGACGAGACACUGAAUGAGUGUGACAAUGAAAAAGAGAGAGCGAGAGACAGAAUAUUAGUAAGAACGCUGCGCGCGAUCCGAUUCCAACGGUAUCAAAGAAUCUUUAUGCAUAUCUAGAGAACCAUUUUAUUUAAUAGAUGGGUUGUCUGUCGAGUGUGUCACCAAAUAGAUGUUCCUACCUCGAACGGUCAUCUUUGAACAGAAAACCGAGUACAACAACCGAAUUCUAAUCUCUUAUGGAAUACCUAAACAACAGACGCCGUAAACUCGGAGAGCAUCGUUUCUAAUUUUUAAACGACUUCGCACCGUACCCAGUUCGCGUGCACAUUCAGAACCAGUAAAAAAAUCCGUGAUAUAGUUAAUUAAUGUAAAUGUAAAACUUAUCGAACAUAUACGUUGCUUAUUUAUUGUAACUAAUAUAAACAAAAAAAUUCAUGUUAGAAUUUUAAUUUCUCUUAGUAUUAGUAUCGUUAGACUGUGUAUGCAAAUGCGUCCCGUUAAGAAAACGUUUCUCCUAUGAUUUUCGAGUAUUUGAAUCGCGCUGACUGUGAAUAAGAAAAACAAAAAUAAACGAAAAACGAAGUAUUCCACGAAACCACAUUUAAAUAUUUUGUAUAGUGUAUACAAUCGAUCGUCAGCAAUGCGGUAAGAGAAAUAGCGGUUUAUCAUUUUCGAUGAUGGGGCUCUUUGUGUACGUUUAGAUUGCAGUUCCGUGCUAACGUGAACCACGCGGAACCGAGUGCACGUUUAAAUUGUUGUAAUGUAAUGCUGUAUAUUUGAGAGGCGAGAGGUAUACUUGUAAAAAUUGUACAUAGUCAAGAAACUUAAACACUCUAUGAUAACGGAGCGAGAGGACCGCGUAGCUUUAGACCAUUCAGUUAUUGUAAAUAGAGACCGAAAUAAACCCCCCCACCCCCCCUUUAAGUUGUACGUGUAAACUUUAUAAACCGCAACUGCAGGUCUAGAGGAGAUCCUUUUUAGCUUUAGAACUUUUGAGAUAGACUGUGCGCGUACCUUCGAUAUUGUUUCUGUACUUAUAGAAUAUUCAGACUACUUAUAACGAUACACACGUGGGAGGAAAAAAAAUAAUGAAGAUUACUCAGCGAUUACGCAGGCAUAUACGAUACGUGAACCCCGGUAGUACCAAAUUCAACGGUAAUUUUAGUUCUGUCUGGUACAGAUUCCUUAUAUUUCAAUAAAAUCUUUACUUGAA